AAAAAAAUCAUCGGAUACAUUUAUUAUACAAAAUCAGAAUUUAUUUACUUCAGUUACCUGUUUUCUGACAUUCAAUUUAUUCGCAAUGCUGGGCAGUUUGACAACAUCCUGGGUUCAGUGGCCUGGUCCUAAAUAUUUGGCGGUUCCGGUAACACUGCGGUUACUGUUCAUACCUCUUUUUCUAUACUGCAACUAUAGUCCACUUAACAUUGAAAGAAAACUGGCAGUUUUGAUCAGUAACGAUUGGAUAUACUGGUUUAUUUCUAUUUUGAUGUCAUGGAGCUCGGGUUACUUAAGUUCAUUGGCCAUGAUGUACGCACCACAAACAGUUGAACCAAAACACCAAGUGAAAGCUGGAAUGUUUGCAGCUGCAAUGCUCAUAACUGGAAUUUUUGCUGGAGUUCUAUUUUCAUUUUUAAAUCCUUAUUUUAUCGUUUAAGAAAAACGUAUAUUUUAAUCAAUUAAAAAUAAACCAUUUGAUAAAAU